AUGGCCGCCUGCGUCCCACGGUCCCAUCUAGAGGUGUGCGCCGAGGCGAUUUCGACCGGUGGCGGCGUGGAGGUCGUUCAGAAAUGCAAUGAUUCAGCCCGCUCAUCUUGUGGCCUUAAUCUACUACUAACAGCAGCUGCUCUUGUUGAUGGCUAUGGAGCCAACAGUGAUGCUACUCAAGCAGGGUUAGGUUCUUCACAAGGUCACACUGCUACUGAUUCAGCAUUAUCGGAUUUUCCAGAAGAUGCACCCUCAAGUUGCGAAUGUGACGCACUGCCAGCUUGUUCAACAGCUUGUUCAGCAGGUGUGGAAACCACCCAUGAAUCGAGCUGCCAGCCAUUUCAAGCUUUGACGGUGCCUGUUGAGUCUCAGCAGAACUUUUGUGCUGCCUGUGGAGGAUUUCUGUCUGCUGAUGGCACAGCUGAUGUCACGGGCUCGAGUUCAAGUAGUUGGGAUGCUGAUCAAGCAGUAGUAGCUGCCCUUCACAAAAGCAUAGCUACAUUGAAAGAGUGCUUGAACGACAUGAAACGGAAAGUUGCUACACUGCAACAACAGAAAAGCAGAGCAAACCGUAGAAACCACGAACUCGCGCGAAACAUCAAGAAGUACCUGUCACCAGAUCAACUGCAAGGCAUGUGGACUUCCAGUAUGCGAGGGAAGCAAUGGUCUACUGAGACUCUACAGAAAGGCCUCAAGCUCCGUUUGGCAUGUGGAUCCAGAGGCUACAAUGCGGUCAGGGAGCUUGCUGUACCCCUUCCGAGUGAAAGAACUUUACAACGUCGUGUUGAAAACUACAAGUUCUCACCAGGAAUUCAGCAUGAGGUUCUGAAGUCUCUUGCUUCAGAUAACCACCAUGAAGGAGCAUGGGAGGCAUGAAGUUUUGAUCCUUGAUGAAAUUCAGUUGAGCUCAGGGCUUGCGUUUGACCAAACGACUGGCACUGUUAUUGGAACGCCAACUUUACCUUUGGCCGACGGUUCUCUGCCACAUGCUGCAGUGGCAACGCAUGGACUUGUUUUCAUGCUGGGUGGGGUUACACAAAGAUGGAAGCAGACAGUUGCUUAUCAUCUUACUGGAAACUCGUUCAGCAGUGCUGCAGUUCAAGAACAGUUGAUUGAAAUUAUUCAGGAAUGUGAAACAAUCGGGGUUCGUAUAGAUGCAGUCGUUAGCGACAUGGGUGGUGGGAAUAUGGCGCUCUGGAGAGAAUUUGGCAUAGUUGUGGGAAAGCAUUCUGUGUCAAGAGUUUCUUGUUGUCAUCCUGUUGACCAAAAUCGCAAGCUUUAUUUUAUGGAAGACACCGCACAUUUGCUAAAGAACUUGAGGAACCACCUCACACGUGGUCAAUCGAUUUUCCUUCCCGAAAAUGUGGUCGAAAAGCACAAGCUGUCUUGAAUGAGGUUAACCUUGUGCCGAUUCAGAAGCUGGUAGAAAUAGACUCUGAACUGCAAUUAAACAUAGCACCGCACUUGAAACCAUUCUUCUUGGACCCAGGACACUAUGAGAAAAUGAAAGUGGGGCCUGCAUUUUCGUUGCUAAAUCACGAUACUGCAGCUGCACUACGUUUCCUGGUCCAAAGGGGAGAUUUGCCCCAAGAAGCGUUGACAACAGCAUGGUUCAUGCUGUUGGUUCAAGGUGGUUCAAAGUGCUGACAUCACGUACAACGAAGCUUGGCAUCAGCAAGUUAAAUGAUCAGAAAUAUGAGGACUCAGUGAUUUUUUUAAAGGAUAUGGUAACUCUUUUUACAGAUCUGAAGAUAGGCUCUCCAUCGAAACACGUGUGGAAGCCUGUGCAGACGGGCAUAAUUUUGGUGUGUAAAGUUGCAUUGGAACUGCAGCAUUAUUAUCUUAAUGAGAAGGGCUUCUUUUUUGUUUUGCUCAGCCGGUUUGCCCAAGAUGCUCUUGAGAAUUUGUUCUCCACUCUGAGGGCGAAGAAUGCAGUACCAAAAGCUCUUCAAUUUCGUAGUGCUAUUCAAGCUGCUACUUUGGCACAGUUCUUUCGGCCCAGUAGAAGUGGAAGCUAUGCUAUCGACGGUGCUCCUUCCUUAGUUGGCAUCGAAAAUUGCCACGCAACAGCUCCUAACAGCAAUGAUACAGAAGCUGUUGAAUAUCCCAGUGAUCUUCUCGACAUAAGCAUGAUGGAGCAUGAGUCUUUUAUUUACCUUGCUGGGUUUGUGGUAAAGAGUGUUGCAAAGCACACAGAGAUUUGUGAGCAGUGCAAAACUGCCACAGUGUCGAACGAAGCUAGUGUGCUCACAAAGUUAAAAUCCUACACUGAUGACAGCAAGCUCGUAUCACCAGGGCCAGCAGUACUUCAUUUGCUCGAAACAGCUGAGAAUAUGUUUAGAGGGAAUAGCAACAAGCUUCUGUGCAAUGAAGUUACGAUUGGUCAACUUGUGGCCACCACUAAUGACAGUGUGUAAGCUGUCAAUUGUUUUCGACCUUGCCACAACAUUCAUCAGGAGAGGUUGCUGAGAGCAUUUUUUAAAACCAGAACUAACAUUCUUCAGCGGAAAGAGAAUAUACGUUUGGCAGCUGAUGAAGCUGAAGAUGCAAAAACUGGUAGUCGUAGCAUUGGAAAGCAGGCUGCUACAACCAAUGUAAAAUAGUGUGUAUGCCUCAUUUCUUUCGUGUUUUCCUUCCAUUUUUCUAUGAUGCAUAUGUGGUAUGGCCUCUUAACCUAGUCUGUAGGUACAGUACUCACGGAUUGAAAUGCAGGACUUAUGGUCUCAGUAACGCACAUACUUUUGUUGACACUGCGUUAAGUUCGGGUCAUAUUGGCGUAAUUUCGACUAGAACGUGUAUAUCAGAGCCAAAAUUAUUCUUAGAUACUAUAUUUAUCACAAGACGUGGUUAUUUCGAGCAGGUGUGCAUAUUAGUUAUCCCCAAAAACUUGAUGUUGCGUUUGAAUCCCCAAGUACCGUACAUGAGGAACUGCAGUGUUUUGUCAUAUUGUGAUUUCAUUUCAACAGUAAUUACUUAUCUUUGAUCCGUACAGCUCAGAGCAGAUGUUUUCAGUUGCCGUCAUAAUGUCAUUGAAAGUUCUAACACGUUUGCCCUGUUUGUUUCAGUGUGUACAUUUUGGUCCUUUAUAAGCAGUUCCCUUUAAGUAGCUUGGGUGGUGUCUCGAUCUCAUUUACGUUGUAAUUCUGUGUGACUAGAGUUCUUGAUGAGAAGCUUUGUUAACUUAGCUAAGCCUACUUUUAAUAUUCUGUGUCAAGUGUCCCUGUUUUUCAUUAUGUUUCUCGUCACUCGGGAAAUUUCGCUUACUUUCUGCCUUGGUGGUUUACCGCCUUAAAUUUCUGCUUCAGAUGUCAGUGUAGUAAUGGUUUUGUUCAUUGCUUCUGUGUCUGUUAUCUCGUUUUUCCUCUCUUUGCUUUGCAUUUCUUGCCAAACGCAAUUCUAAGCUCGUGUAUUUUUAUUUUGACUUCUGCUAGGUUAGCCUGUGGCUGAUUUUCCUCUUGUUGUCUUGAGGCUGAAGCUAUUGUUGCCCUAUGAUUUUUUCAGUUUUGCACUUGUUGUUGAGGGCAAUUAUAAGCUCGUGUGUUUUUAUUCCAACUACAUCUGGGUUGGCCUCUAUUUUAGUGGCUAAUUUUGCUCUUAUUCUCUUCAGAUAGAGCUGUUGUUACCCUCACUAGUCUAUGAUUAGGUCCGUGGUUUUGCUGUGCCUAUUAAAUGUUUUAUUCUGUCUUUUUCAUGUAUGUCCUGUUUCAUGCCUACAUAUCUGCAUAAUAUGUUUUGCAUAUCCCCAGUAGGGGCUUUCCAUGUCUACUUUCUAUUCCUGUGCUUUCAAAAGUUCAAUAUGUGUACUUCAUUUCAUUCGCUAAAUUCCAGAUGUGGAGUGUUAAUCUUGAUAAAGGUGUUUGGCACAAAUUGCGUCCACUUGUCCCUAGUUGUGAGCGCACCACGAAUGCCAUCACUUUUCUUUACUCUUGUCAUUGUGAUGUGCACGUAUAGCAACAAGUCACCGUUAGCACAUAUUUCAUGUCAUUUAUUGUGUACACUGCAUAAUUAUCAUGUAUGAUUGAGGCAGUCCUGCAUUUUCAUGAAAUGUUGAAUAGAUGUCAUGUUUUGUGCCCUUCAUUCAGUUUUUGCAUAGAAUCAACUGUACUUAAACUUUGGUGUUUAUCAAUGAAGUGACAUUAUGGAAUAUGGUUUCCUAAUAAAUACCAGGCCCUUUUGUUCGCUUGA